AUGCUAGAAGUAUUACUGGAGCAUUUCAAAACCAAUGAUCCACAAAACUCCAGGGUGAUUAUUUUCUCCAAUUUCAGAGAAAGUGUCAGGGACAUAAUGGUUGCAAUUGGAGGUAUCGGGGAUCAAAUUAGAGCUACCGAGUUUAUUGGUCAAAGUUCAGGAAAAACAACGAAAGGUCAGUCCCAGAAAGUUCAACAGGCCGUGCUUAAGAAAUUUCGGUCUGGUGCCUACAAUGUCAUUGUUGCUACAUCAAUUGGUGAAGAAGGUCUUGAUAUCAUGGAAGUUGAUCUUGUCAUAUCUUUUGAUGCUAAUAUUUCACCACUUAGAAUGAUUCAGCGAAUGAGGAGAACCGGAAGAAAACAUGAUGGCCGAGUUGUAGUUUUGGCUUUUGAAGGGGCAGAGUUGAAAGGCUACUUGAAAAAAAAGGCAAAGAGCAAGACUAUAACUAAACACAUGCGAAAUGGGGGCAUAAAUAGCUUUGUCUUUCAUCCCAGUCCAAGGAUGAUUCCCCACAUCUUUAAACCUGAAGUUCAAUAUGUUGAACUGUCUAUUGAGAAAUUUAUUCCUCGUCAGAAUAAUGUGAGAGAAAACCAUCUUCAAACUUCUGCAUCCAAAGACGAACUCACUCUUGCUGAAACUUAUUUACUCGGAAAAUAUUUUCACUCUACUGGAGAAAAUAGAUGUAGAUUGUCUCUUAUCGCCUUCCCUCACUCUCAGACAUUUCCUUCUAGAGUUCAUAAAGUGAAGCAUUCCUGUGGAACAUGGAUGUUUAUAGACAUGAUGCAACGUUUGCAAGGACUGGCAGCAUGUGCAGGAAAUAACGAAAAUUCUACUCUUCAGGAAGGAAGGUGUUUAGAAAAUAGUAAGCCACUUGUCAGUAUUGAACUUGAUGAAGCUAAAAAUGACAAUAGGGAUAAAAUGGGAAGAAAUAUAGAUUCUGAAAAUUGUCUGAAGGUGGAUUCCUGUCAUAUGAAAAUUGAAGACUUUGUUGAUCUAACUCUACAAGAUAAUACUUUCUGUGACACGGGUGAGUGUCAAGAGGAAACAGCUGAUGGUGAUGAGACAAUUCCUGAGACUCCAGAUGCUAAGAGGAAUUUGUCAAAUGAAGGAGCUAUUGCCACUGAAAUAGCAAAUUUUGUUGAGAAACAGACUUCUUCACUGGCUGUAGAUGCAUGCGAUAACGGCAUGAGAGAUGAAGAGCUUAGCCCUCGUUUAACUAAUUUGAUUAUAAGUGGUGUUGUUCCCGAGUCUCCCAUUGAGGAAAGAGGGAAGUCAAGAAACAAGGAAACUAAAAACGUCAUCAUUGAUAAUGACAACGGUAAAAAUGUAUGUACCUCCCCUGUUAAUGAAACCCAAACCCCUUUGCUUGAGCUGAAGAAUUGUGUGAUUAGAAGAGAACGAGUCUUUGUUUCUCAAAUUGAGGAAAGGCAUAUGCAUAUUGUUGAUCCAAGCAUCAAUGAAGAAUCACAUCCAAGCUGUGGUGAAAUGUCUAAAGCAUAUAUAGAGCCUGUAGAGUUUGCUGGAUCAGGUUUGCUUGCAAUUGCAUUUGUUAGCAUGUCUUUUGCAGAUCAUGGGAUACAAAGAUUAGCUUAUGACACACUUGUUAUAUUUAAGAAUGUAUUAGAGAAAUGCCAAAAGAUGGAAGGAAUGGUUACAGAUUUGACGCUGGCAAAGGAGAAUCAAACAAGCUUUGAGGAAUAUUUAAGCAAUAAUCCUAAUGUAGACCCUGGAAUUGACUUGACAGUUACCAUUCUGACCACUGGUUUUUGGCCUAGUUACAAAUAUUUUAACCUCAAUCUCCCUGCAGAGAUGGUUAAGUGUGUAGAAGUUUUCAAGGAAUUUUAUCAAACAAAAACUAAGCACAGAAAGCUAACUUGGAUUUAUUCCCUGGGUACUUAUAAUGCAAGUGGGAAAUUUGAACCAAAAACUAUGGAGCUAGUUGUGACGACGUACCAGGCUUUGGCACUACUUCUUUUCAAUUCCACAGAUAAGUGGAGUUAUUCUGAGAUAAUGACUCAGUUGAAGUUGACCGAUGAUGAUGUGCCACAAAGGCAACACUCUGCGGUUCGUGAUGAGAGAAAUUCGGACACUCCCGUACUAGAGGAUUAUAGAAGUAGAUUUUCUUCUCCAUCAAGAAUGUUCUCUCUUGCAAAUGCAUCACCAUUUCAAAGUAGAGAUAUGGUAAUAAACAGAGAAUUCAGUUACCAAAACGAAAUGAAUCCAAGCAGCAGUAUUAGUGGCAGGAAUGAAUCCAUGAUUCAUGGGAUGAUUCAGCAGGAACCCAUGGUGCAGUCUGAUGAUUUUGGUUUAAAUGGACGAUUAGGCUCUAAUUUUUCACCUCAAAUGAAGAUGGUAAGACUUGCUGACAUAACCGGUUCUUCAAAAGCCAGUAAUGCUCCUCAAAUGUUAGACAUGGAUACCAUACACAAUUUGUCCAGUCAAACUGCUCCUACAAAUGUUAAUCCGACAGCUCUCAAGGCCCAAUUCUUCAACAACUCAAGUCAAUCAGAUUCCAACAAUUUAUCAGGUCCAGAAUCUGGGUUUGAGUCACGAAGAUCGUCUUAG